ACAAUAUUACACGGCUUAGAAACGGUAUUAAUUAAAUGAGUUUUGGUAUUCGAUGUAUUGUAUUAUUAUUGUUGUUGUCGCCAGUUCGUGGAAAACCGACUAACCGACAAUCGCCGACGACGACAAAAACAAAAACAGUGUAGGAUCGCGCGUGCCGAGUGCCGACUGCCGCGCGGAGUUUGGUUAUUAUUCAUUACGAAUCGCGAGUCGCUAGUCGUUACAUCUCCAUUGUUCACUUGUAAGUUGACGACGGUUCCAGCAAGUUCAUCUUUGCAAUACGUCUUUUAUUUCUUUUUAGUCUCCAAAUCCAAAACAACUUAUUCGCACGUUUUACAUUAAUCGUGCAAUACUCCAAUUUUACGAUAUACGAAAAGAAAAUAACCGGGACAACUUAAUACAUUGCGAUCACCACUAUAUCCAUUUAAAGGAUAUUAUAUUAUAUUAUAAUAUCGGUUUGAUCAUCGUCGUAUUUAUUAUAGUUUAUAAUUUUCUGGACCGUUAAGAUUUAGUUACUUUUUGAAAAUUGAAUAUUAUCUGAAUGAAAAUGGAAAUGUAUUGCACACCUCAAAACAAUGUUUUAUUCUGCGAUUACUACACGCCUACACCUCGUUAUCCACUAUCGCCAUAUUCUCAAUCGUCAUAUAUAUCGAGUACAUCAAGUUAUUCACAAUCUUCUUUUUCACCAAUCUCAUCACCUUAUACUCCACCAUCUAAAAAUUCAGAAUCAUUUGCAAAUGGAAAUGAUAAUGUAUUUAAAUUUCCUUCAAUAGUUCAAGACCAAUAUAUUCCUACACGUGAAGAUUUGAUUAGUGCUGCUAUUACUAGAGCAAAAACUUUGAUUGAAAUAGAAGAAAUUGGUCAGCGUUUAAUUUCAGUUGAUAAAAGACAUGUCAUUCAAAAUAAUGGUCAAAAAACAUUAUUGCCAACAAUUAAACAAGAACCAAAACGUGGUAGUGAGUUAUAUAUUGCAUUACCAAAAGCUUGUUUGGAAGGUUUUCUUUAUGCUAUUUUUUCACAGUUUGGAACUGUUCAUCAAAUCCGAUUAAUGAUGCAUUUCUCUGGUUCAAAUCGAGGAUAUGGUUAUGUAAUGAUGAGUAGUCCUAUGGAAGCUGAGACUGCCCUGGCUAAACUCAAUGAGCUCACUCUUCCUGGUAUCAGAGGUCACUUAUUAGUGAGCAUGUCAACUGAUAACAGAACAUUAUUUGCUAGAAACAUACCUAUGGAUUUAUCUGAAGAACAAUUGCAAACAGAAUUUGAGAAACGUGUAGAAGGAGUAAAGAAAGUUAGAGUUUUCAACAACACAGAUGAUCCUAGCAAAAAUAGGGAAUUUUGUUUUGUAAUAUUCAAAGAUCAUAGAAGUGCUGCUUUAGCACGUCGCUCGAUGGCAGAAAGUCCAUUUUUUAUAAAUGGAAUUUCAAUUAAAAUUCAAUGGGCAGAAUCUGAACCAGUAUUUCGACACUCUGUUUUGAUGAGGAUGAAACAAUUACAUAUUAGGAAUAUGAAUGCCCAAACAACAGAAGAAGAUAUAUGGAAAAUUUUGUGUCAACAUGUUACACCAAAUAAUAUUGUAUUUAUUAAGAAAAAUAAUACAUGUGCUAGAAUUAAAUUUAUUCGCCAUGAAUAUGCAGAUAUAGUACGGAAAAAUCUUGAUGGUAAAAGAGUUCAUGGAAUUAAUUGGAUAGUGAUGUGGGACAAGAUAGAAGGAACCAAGUAUGAAUGUGAAGGAUAUUUUAAGCAUUUAAGUAUAUAAUCUUAUGGUAAUUAUUUAUACUUGUAUAUAAGUAAAUGUAUAUAUAUCUUUUGUAAACCCAUUAUGAAUUAUUUAAUCAAUACUGCAUCAAUAAUAAUUAAAAUCUAGUUUCCAAAAUAUUUACUUUUUAAUUGAAUGACAUUAACUUACCGACAUCUCCAUUAUUUAAAAAGACUGGUUCCACAGAUACAUUACAGUCAAUUGCCUUGUUUUCAAUUGCAUUUCUAAUGUGGAUUCCCUUUCCUAGUUGACUGCAGCCUUGGAUACCACAAGAUAAAAUAAAUUUAACAUAUGAUUCUUGUUCGGUGUAGUAUUGUGUUAAAUAAUCAAAUGCUUUUUCAACCUAUAAGAUUAAAAUUAACAGUAUAUAAUAUUGUUUAUAUUAUUUUUAAUUUAUAUAAUGUAUAUAUGUUCAACAAAUUAAGUUAAAACAUUAAAUAGAAGUGUCUAUUAAUGUAAAUUAUUUGUGAAUAAAUGUAAAAUAGAUUAUAAUUUUUUUUCUAAGUUAUGAAAAUUAUAUUUUAUAAACUGUUCAUACUAUUUUAAAGGAUAAUCUUUUUAAUUGAAUUUCUUUUAAACAACUGUUUAAUAAAAAUAAUUUUAAGUA